CGAAGAUGCUUCAAGAGCAUCGUCUCUCCUGGAAAAGUCGAUCACGGUCCCCAGUCAUCCAAGCUUUCGAGAACUGGUUCUUGAUGCGAAAAGGGAAAAGGAUUUGAUUCUGCCUUGUGAACUGGGUUGCUUGAUGGGAGAUUGAACUUGGAUUGGUUAUGUGCAGCGGCAGUUUGACGGCUUGUUCCGGGAGCAAUUGGAGUUGAGAUUCGAUGGAGGGCAACUUCGGUCCGAUCGAGCAAGUCCUUUGGUCCGUGUCAGUUUUCUCCGGCGUUAUCAUGUGCAAAGUUGUAUAUGAUCUUACACGUAAGAUCAGCACAGUGCACUUUAAGGGAUAUGACAAGCUAAGCAGGUUACAAAGGAUUGAGUGGAACAAUCGGGGUUUCUCUACUUUCCAUGCAAUUGUGGUCGCAGCAGUUUCAUUGUAUCUCCUAGUGGUCUCAGACCUUUUCAAAAGUGGUACUCAAGAAGAAUUAGUGAUAAAUAGAAAAUCACUCCUAUCUGACACCAUUUUUGGGAUAUCACUUGGCUAUUUUCUUUCAGAUUUAGCAAUGAUUCUAUGGCAUUUUCCUUCCUUAGGUGGCAAAGAAUAUGUUUUGCAUCAUGGACUUUCCAUGUUUUCAAUUUUUCUCUCUCUUGUCAGCGGCAAAGCACAUAUGUAUAUACUCAUGAUUUUGUUAACUGAAACCACCACUCCAUUUGUGAAUCUUAGAUGGUACUUGGACCAUGCUGGACAAAAAAGUUCUAAUUUAUACUUAUACAAUGGUGUGGCCUUAUUCCUUGGAUGGAUGGCUGCAAGGAUCCUAUUGUUCAUCUAUUUCUUCAUGCACAUAUAUCUUCACUUUCAUCAGGUGAAGACAAUAUUUCCUCUGGGGUUGUACACUCUUCUGACAGUAUCUCCAAUUUUGACAUUGAUGAAUCUAUUUUGGUUUUGGAAAAUACUCAAGGGCAUGUUGAAGACUCUUUCCAAAAAGAGGCACGUGCAUUGACAUAGUAUUGCCUGCAUAUUUACUUCACAUUAUCCAUCGGAACAUCAAAGAUGGUUUGAUGCUCUGGGAAAUAUAGGAAAUAUGUCUAUAACUUUUGUAAGUUAUGGAUGAUUGAUAUAAAUUGGGUCAUCUUUUGAAGAUACUUGAUUGCCAGAAAUACCUGACCAUACCAGAAAAAUCGGUAUGGUGGAAACUAGUUUUUGACUUUUUGAGUUUGGUGAGUUUGUAAAUUAUUUUUUCUUCAUUCGAAAUAUCUGUGUUGAUCAUACGAAUGCUGUAAUCAACAUCAUAAUCAGAGGAAUCCAGGAGGUUAUUUUGAACUAA